GCGCAGCUCAUCCGCCAUUUUCUCUCCGUCAGCAGAUCAGAGCAGAAGCGUCGAGUCGAGCUCGUGUCGAACUGACUCUAUCCGAUCCUUUCAAACUUCCGCCGGGCUUUAGAUAGCGAUGCCGGCCGAUCCGCUGCGUGUCGCGGUCGUUUGCUCCAGCAACCAGAACCGCAGUAUGGAAGCGCACAACAUCCUGAGCAAGCGAGGGUUUGACGUGCGUUCCUUCGGCACAGGGACUCAUGUGAAACUGCCUGGACCGGCUCCGGACAAACCCAACAUUUACGACUUUAAAACCACUUAUGAGCAGAUGUACAAUGACUUGGUGCGCAAAGACAAAGAACUAUACACACAGAAUGGCAUCUUACACAUGUUAGAACGCAACAAACGCAUUAAAAUCCGACCGGAGCGAUUCCAAAGCUGCAAGGAUCAGUUUGAUCUGGUCAUCACCUGUGAGGAGAGAGUUUAUGAUCAGGUGGUGGAGGACCUAAACUCUCGUGAGCAGGAAAGCUUUCAGCCUGUACACGUCAUAAAUGUGGACAUUCAAGAUAAUCACGAGGAGGCCACACUGGGAGCGUUUCUCAUCUGUGAACUUUGCCAAUGUAUUCAACACACGGAUGAUAUGGAGAAUGAAAUCGAUGAACUUCUGCAGGAGUUUGAGGAGAAAAGCCACAGACCGUUUCUACACACCGUCUGUUUCUACUGACACACGCAUACGUUCAGCCCCCCUCACACUGAACACAGUCAGACCGGUUACCAUGGCAGCAGAGUACAGGCGUGACAGUCGCUCAUUUACAUGCUAAGAGAGUCAUGUAAUACACACACACACACACACAUAUAAACAGUCAGUGUGAGAACGUCUCGUGUCUCAGUACCGCACAAUGAGUUGAAGGACACCUGACUUUCUCUUCAUGUGUGUGUAUGAGGAUGUUAAGGGUUAAAUAUUGAUCAGAUGGAGAUAAACACAGAACGGAUCUAACACUGAUUCUGUGUUCAGUACAUGGCAGCCAGUCUCAAAACCCUUAAAGGGACAGUUCACCCAAAAACCCUCGUGUCGUUACGAACCCGUAUUCAUUCUUCCUUUGUGUUUUUGAGCACCAUUGACUUCAAUAGUAAUAUUUCCUACAAUGGAAGUCAAUGGUGCUUCAGUUUUCUGCUUCAUUACAAACAUCUUCAUCAGAACAAAGAAGUGAAUGUAGGUUUGUAACAACACGAGGGGGAAUACAUUUAGGGGUGAACUGUUCCUUUAACACGUUCAGUGUCAAUGAGUGACCCAUCAGAUAAUUUUGUAAUUCCAGAGGGCUUUUUUGUAACUGGGCUAUCAGAUAUCUUGUGUUUGAGUUUUUACUCUGGAUGUGAAUAUAUAUUUUGAAUUUCUUCACGGUUACUUAAACAUGAGACUUGAAAUGCAAGAUUUACGUUUUUUUCUUUCUUUAAUUUUGUAAAUGAAAGUAAGUUUGUGUAAUUGUAUCUGAUGCAGCCCAGAGUGCCUGAUAAUAUUAUUAUUGUAAAUAUUGCGCUAUAUAUGAACGAAUGAAUGAAUUAAUAAAAGCGUCAAUGAAUCUCA